UACUGUAGUUAUAACUUCAAUAACUUGUGUUUUUUUGUGUUUUCAAUGUGUAUUGUUUGUAAAAAUUCACUGAUUUAUCUUGUAAAAAAGUUAUUUUAAAAAAAACUUUUUUAUGCCUCUUUAAAUGUAUAUUUUUACCAUUUUCCUUUUCCAAAAGAUCGAUUUUUAAAAUAUAAGAUAUUCUUUUAAUUCAUGUAAAAAAACUAUAAAUUCAGCAUUCUUAGUUUUAUUCAAAUUGCUUGUUGUAGAAUACCAGAGAGAAUCUAUUUGCAUGUUUGUUUAUUACUGAAGUUUGUACCACUGUUCAUUCCUUAUAAACUUUAAACAGUACUCUUGUGAGCGUUUAUGAAAGCAUUAACCCUAUAGCAUUUGGUCAUCAAAAUAUUGAAAGAAUUUGAAUGUGUAUUUUUACUGUAUCUUUGAUAUUUUUUAUUAAUUUUUGAAAGCGGUUGUGGAUGAUUAGGAAACUCACACUCUCAGUUCUAGAACUACACUGCCUCACAUUUUAGUUCCUCACUUGGCUUGAGGGAAGAGUAAGGGCUUUGUGAUAGAUUACUUGAGGAUUACUAAGAGUUCCUCUGUUUACUUGCAGUAAAGUUAAUAAUUUCCUUUGCAUUCAUUGGACUCUGGAAAGAUUCAAGUUAGUCCUAAAUGUCUACCUUGUGUUAAGAGUGUUAAGACGGUCUGGAGUUUUGAGACUCUGAUCACGGUUCUAUCCCCACCCGUGGUAUGGUUUGUGCCCUCAAAGUUUUUUAAUUAUUUUGGAACCUGAAUUAGGAAAAUAAAUCAUAAAAUAGUAAAGUGUCAGUAUUCCUAAUUUUGAAAAUCUUGACAAUAAGCAUUUCAAAUAAAUAUUUGACUUAUUAAAGAGAAACUAUAUCAUUGUUGGCCAAAAAAAUACAAUCUUACCCAUACUUUGUGAUGGCUGAAGAGGUGCUUGAUGAAGUGCCUGAAGAUAUGCAUGAAGAUAUGCAUGAGGAUAUGCAUGAAGAUAUGCCUGAAGUAAUGCCUGAAGUAAUGCUUGAAGUGACACCUGAAAAGACUUCUGAAGAAACACCUGCAGAAAUGUCUGAUGAGACCCCUGUCUCAAUUGCUCAGUCUGGAACCAGGAAGCGUAUUAGGGUUAACUUAAUAAGACCUGCUUUAUUAAUGCAAAUGAUAAUUGGUAAAGAAGAGAAACCAUAUCAAUGUUCAGUGUGUUUAAAAGAUUUUUCUCGUAAAUUUAGUCUGUUAACACACAUGAGAACGCACACAGGGGAGAAACCACACAAGUGCCCCGAUUGUGAGAAAGACUUUUCUCGUAAAUCUGAACUGGUAUAUCACAUGAGAACUCACACAGGCAAUAAACCAUUUCAGUGUUCAGAGUGUCUGAAAGAUUUUCCAUAUCAAUCUAAGCUAGUGACACACAUGAGAAUUCACACAGGAGAGAAACCAUUUCAAUGUUCAGUGUGUCCUAAAGAGUUUUCAAACAAAUCUAAUUUAGUAACACACAUGAAAACCCAUACUGGAGAAAAGCCUUAUCAGUGUUCCGAGUGUCUAAAAGAGUUUUCUCGUAAAUCAGAUAGAGAAUAUCACAUGAGAACUCACACAGGAGAUAAACCACACAAGUGUUCAGAAUGUCCCAAAGAUUUCUCACACAAGUCAAAUCUAGUGACACACAUGAGAAUUCAUACUGGAGAAAAGCCAUACCAGUGCUCAGAGUGUCAAAAAGAGUUUUCACAAAAAUCUGCUCUUGUGACACACAAGAGAACUCACAAAAAAGAGAAACCAUUCCAGUGUUCAGUGUGUCUAAAAUACUUCAGACAAAAAUCUUACCUAUCAGUACAUAACCGAAUUCAUACAAGAGAUGCACCAUAAAGUUUUGGUGUUGAAAAGAUUUUUAUAACUAUGAUGUCCUGACACUUGUAAGUUUACGCAAGAGAUGACCACGUUAGUUUUCACUCUUUGCAAGAUUCCUGCAAUCGUAUUUAGUAAAAAACGUGGAAUUGAACAAAGUAUAGAAACCACAUAAUAUCAAACUCCCAAAUUUGUUUAGUUAGGUUCUUAAGAGUCCCCAGAUGCAUAUCAUAUGAUGUGAUAUUUAAUUUUCAUUGAGGUGGACCAGUAAGCUAUGAAUGGUCAUGGUUAUAUGUAUAACCAAAAUCUGUAUUUAGUGGUUGAUCAUAUGACAGACUUAUGACAGGAAACAGUUAUCCCACUUUCUGACACUAUCAGCCAUGGUCCCAUAAAUUUUGAUUCUGCAAUCAUCAAAAAUUUUCAUAAUUUUGUCGUAUCUGCACAUUUCUGGAAAGACAGUGGUAGUGUGAAUGAUGCUGAAAGUGUUUCUUUUUUUGGGUCACCUUAACUUGGUAGGAGAUGGGCAGCGCGUUUAAAAAAAAAAUGUCUGAUUUGGACUCAUUUUAUAUCGUGGAGGCCACAUUAUAUUAAAUACUACUAUGUUCUGAUUAAUACAUAUUGCCAUUUAUUAAAAGAAAGAAAAGAGAUAUGAAAAUAAUUUGAGGGCAGUUACAAAAAAAUC